GGGAUUAAUAAAGUAUCUAUCUAUCUAUCUUAUAAAUCUCUUUAUUCAGUGAUGUAUCUUCUCAACAAGAGGAGGUUGCAUGGAGCAGUGUUAACUGUUAACAUUGUGUUGGUCAAAAACAUUAUCUAACUGAUUUUUAAGUGUCACGAGAGUGAUAUUUCUCAUUGAAGGAUUUCAUAUUAACACAUGGAGAAAGGUGGUGGGUUGGUCUAACAGACUCUGAGAAGGAGGGCACCUGGUUCUGGGUGGACAACACACCCUUUACUAAAGAGGGGUCUGUGCCGUGGGCACACAAGCAGCCAGAUAACCACUUAGGCCCAGGGGGAGAUCCAGUGAAUGGCGAGGACUGUGGUUUACUGCAGUCGUCUGGGCUGAAUGACGUGGCGUGCCGUAAAACGUUUAAAAGCACCUGUCAGAGUCAGAGCUGGUGUGAUACUGGCACUCGCCAUAUCUUUGAGAAAUAAACCAAAAUAUUGAGAAUCACAUGAUUGUACAUUCAGUAAAUGGGUACUGUAUACUCUUGUAGGCUAAUAAGCCUGAGCUUUUAUGCUGGAGAGGUCAAGAUGAAGAUGCCCGAGAAGCUUUAAUACACAGUAACAAGUCAAGUCAAGUUUAUUCAUGUAGCGCAUUUCAUACACAUCCAGUUGUGUGAACAUCCAGUUGUAUGUCCUCAACACCUUCAAAGUUUAUUGCAGGAGUCACCCAGUAUGUUUAUCAGAAGGGUUGACCUUUGCACAUACAGUGUUUUCAGACACUGGGACCUGGUGACCUUCUCAAACAGGGCCGGCCAGAGGCAUAAGCGAACUAAGCGGCUGCUUGGGGCCCCCAAUCGAGUUUCUUUUUUUUUUUUUUUUACAUAAUAAAUAACGUAAACAAGUGACAUCAAUGAAUGAAUAAAUGAAAAUGGAAGGUAAGCGUUAGUUCUGUCAGGAAGACUUAAUUGGUCACACAUCAUUCAUUACUUCCGUCCAAACACCUGUCUGCAUCAGUCUUUAUAAUGACAUGACUUUGCACCUGCAUGUUGAUUUCAGGUGCCGAUUUUCGAUGUUCCGUAUCCAUGCAUGGGUAGCUAGUCAUUCACUUCAAAACUUUAACUUGUGAUUCAGUCACAGAUCUUACCUUACGUUCGCUUUCAACUGUUUUGGAUGCAUCACCAAAGUCUCGGGGUUCCAUUAAUGUAGGAGGAUAUAUCUCUCGUAGCCUAAACGUCAGAGAGUAGGUAGGGCGAAUUGUUGCCACUUGUUUGGGUUGAACGCUUGGUCUUAUCAACGGAAAGAAACAGCUUUUGAAGGUUUCUCUUUUUUACCCUAGUCUCGUUAAGAUCCUAGUUGCUUAAUGAUAUUUACAUUCCUAUCGCUAACAAUGCAAUUGGUCGCUAAACCUUUAUCUGGUACGUGGAGACAUCACCAAUGAGACUACAGAUGCCAUAGUAAACACCACGGACUUUAACAACUUCGAUUCAGCUGUUUGUAAGAGCAUACUUUCUGUGGCGGGACCAAAAGUCAAAAAAGCUCUGAAAUCUGCUCAGGUCAACAGAGGUAAGAUCUUCACAUCACAGCCUGGCAAGUUCCCCUGCAAGGCCAUCAUGCAUGUGUGUGGAGAAAAUGACCCAGAGUUGGUUCAGGAUCUGACCAGGGACAUCCUCCUCCAUUGUGAGAGCAAAGGAUACCAAUCAGUUGCCAUUCCUGCUAUAUGUGCUGCUGCGGGAGUGGACCCAUGUAUAGUGGCAGAUGCAAUCUUCAGUGGGAUAGUGGCCGCAGUAUCCAGUUGCUCCUUCCAGCACCUUGUAACUGUCCGCCUCGUUCUGUUCAGCAUGCCGGUCUUCCAGCAGUUUCAAGCCGCUGCUGACACCAUGUUUUGGACACCCAUUAGACUAAAAACCACUACUCCACUAAGAGCAUCCACAGCUCCAGCUCAAACGACUCAACCUGGGUCACUGUACCCAGACCUGAGCUCCCUACUGCCUUCAUCCCUCAUCCCAGCUGUCCCUCCUUCAGCCACCUUUAUAAUCUUAGGCACAUCUGUGCAGGAUGUGUCCAGUGUCUGUGCUGGUCUGCAGCAGGCCUACACAUCCCACUGCUCCCAGCAAACCCUGGCCCCAGAGGAGCUGGCUGGGCUCUCCCAUGCAGAGCUGCAGGAUCUGGUCGGCAGAGUGAACAGCCUCGGGGUGCAGCUGGAGCCGUCUGGGCCUGGCAGUGGGGCAGGGGUGGUGGUGAGGGGGCUGAAUGAGGGGGUGAAUGAGGUGAUGUACGUCAUGCAGGGGGCAUUACGCCGACAGGUGGUGGAGAGGGACCAGAGGGAGCUGUUCAACAAUGUGGUGUGGUGCAUCAUGGGACAGCGAGGAGAUUGGGAGAGGUUCCCUAAAGAGGCCAAUCAGAAGCUGGAGAAGGGUGUCACUGGAGGGGUGAUGGAUGCUCAUGGAUGCUGUUGGAAUGUAGAUCUCCGGAGGAAGCAGGCGACUGCUGUGGGUUCAGGUUAUGUGACCCUAGUCAAGCGACUACAAAACCUGCCAGAUUUUAAAGUCCCUCUGUACUGGGAUAGUCUGGUUCCCACUGAGGCCCUACAGGUGAUCCCACUCAUCCCCCUCUGUGCCGAGUUUGAGCGUGUGAAGGCAGAUUUCAGGACCUGCAUGAGAACAAUACUCAAGAUUGAGCGUGUGCAGAACGUGCACCUGCGUCGGGCGUUUGAGGUUCAGCGGCAGCAGCUGGAGGAUAAGAACGGUGCACCUGUAGGGGCCGGGGAGAAGAUGCUCUACCACGGCACCACAACCCAGGCCUGCCAGUCCAUCAUGAAGACCGGCUUCAACCGUGGCUUUGCAGGCCAGAAUGCCACUGUAUAUGGUCUAGGAACCUACUUUGCUGUGAGUGCAAGCUACUCAGCCAACCCCUUGUGCUCCCGGCCAGAAGCAGACGGCACUCAGUGUAUGUUUGUCGCUCGAGUUCUGGCAGGUUUCUACACGUUGGGUAAGAGCCUCAUGAGGGUUCCCCCACCUGUCUCUCCUCAACAGCCUGACAUCCGCUUCGACAGCCUUGUGGAUAACCAGCAGAACCCCAGCAUGUUUGUGGUGUUCCACGACAGCCAAGCCUACCCAGACUAUCUCAUCACAUUCAAAUGAGUGUGGAACACAUAUUGUACAUGUCCCUCCCUUCACACUAAAUUUGAAUGACACUGUUUUUUUUUUGUUUGUUUUUUUUAAUU